AUGCCUAGUCUGACGAUCCCACAAAUUCCAAGAUAUGUCCAUGCCCCACCUACCAAGGAGAACCUCCAAUAUGCAGAUCUUGCCAUCAUCGACCUGUCUAAAGCAACUACCACAGAAGGCCGUGCAGAACUAGCGGUUGAGCUAAGAAAUGCUUUGACUACUCAUGGGUUUUUCUAUAUUAUCAACCACGGAUACACCCAAGCUCAGACGGAGAGGAUGUUUGAUAUCGCAGAUGUUCCCAUGUCUGGAGUAGCUGAAGACGAAAAACGUGCCUACGCUGGAAACAGCAAGGAGACAGGCAUAUUCCAAGGCUACAAACCGAGACAGUACUGGGUAGGCCAUUUCAUGACACCUGCCGUCUACUACCACUAA